AACAAGCAAAUCCCGAGCUCAUCUCCUGAAAAACACCAGAAAAUUCAAGUUUUACAUCAAUGGCCACCAACGGAAAAGAGCAGCGAACUCGAGCCGAAAGGCACCAGGAGGUCGGCCACAAGGGCCUUCAGUUGGGAAAAGAAUCCCAACACCUUCUUGAGAGCGAUGCUCUAUACCAGUAUAUACUUGAAAUCAGUGUGUACCCCAGAGAGCCUGAACCCAUGAAGGAGCUCAGAGUGCUCACUGCUAAACAUCCGAGGAACCUCAUGGCCACGUCCGCCGACGAGGGUCAAUUCCUAAACAUGCUCCUCAAGCUCAUCAAUGCCAAGAACACCAUGGAAAUUGGUGUGUAUACUGGCUACUCUCUUUUAGCCACGGCUCUAGCUCUUCCUGAUGAUGGAAAGAUCUUAGCUAUGGACAUCAACAGAGAAAACUACGAGCUGGGUCUGCCGAUUAUCCAGAAAGCAGGCCUUGCCCACAAGAUUGAAUUCAGAGAGGGCCCUGCUUUACCCAUUCUCGACGAAUUAAUGCAAGAUGAAAAAAAUUAUGGAUCUUAUGAUUUCAUCUUCGUGGAUGCUGAUAAGGACAGCUACCUAAACUAUCAUAAAAGGCUGAUCGAGCUGGUGAAGGUCGGUGGAGUGAUCGGCUACGACAACACUCUAUGGAAGGGCUCUAUGGUCGCUCCACCUGACGCUCCUUUCGAGAAGUAUGUUUGGGCUUAUAAGGACUUCGUUAUGGAGCUCAACAAGGCUCUUGCUGUGGAUCCCAGGAUCGAGAUCUGCAUGCUUCCCAUCGGUGAUGGGAUCACACUCUGCCGUCGGAUCAAGUGAACAAGCAGCCGGUGCUGAUCGCGUGAAAAUAAUUUUUUACUUUUAUUGCAAAAGUUUUAUGUUUGUAUGUGGUUUAAAUUUAAAACCAGUAAAAAUCAACUUGUUAA